AUGGGUACAGCGCCGAGUGCGGAGAUUGUCUGUGAUGCCCCCUUCCGCGCCCCACAAGGCGGUGCACGGCAGGUAGCGCUGAUCCCCAUCGUGGAGCAGUACUUUCCCACCCCGGACUGCCCGUUGUUCAAGCAGCUGUACGAGGCCUACACGGACCCAUCGGUGCGCUACUACAUGCGACCCAAUUUUGACGGCAAAAGCGGUGACCUCAGUCGCAUCCCGCCCAUCGAGAACUCCUGUGAGGACAUGCACCGCCUUCUGCUUCGGCACACAGCGCAGGGUAUGUUUCCGACCAAUGCGGCCAUUCGCGAGGUCUACGAGGUCGGCGACUUCUACCGCAUCCGCCCCGUGCUAUGCGCUGUUGUGUUUCUUUACGAAGGCACAAGCUACAUGCCGGAGGGUAGCGUGCAGCUGUCGUCUCCAAGUGGCGGCGCGUCUGCGUUUGCGAAGGUGAUCGGUAUCAUUGGGGAUACCUGCACGCUGGUGAAUAAGCCAGACGACUUGCUCAUCCCUUUUGGACGCGAUGAUGUGCUGAGGAUCCGCACGCUGAUUAUGAAGUCGGCGGGAGAUCACAACAUGUCUCGUGUAGUGCUGCUCGCUGCCUACAUUUACUACCACCAGUGCUGCAGCAUCAUCGGUCUCCCGAACAUACCUGCACUGCCAUUCAGCUUCAUGUGCUUUAAGACCAACAUACCGUUUCUAUGCUUCCUGCGGGAAAUGCGGGACCGCAUGGCAAACGUUCUGGAGGCACCGAAAAGCUCCAAGUUUUUCAUUGACGAGCACUGCCUCCACGGCGUGGUGAGUCGCGAGUAUGUGGCCAAAAUGAUGCCCGCUUUUGCGUGUUACUACAUCUCCUUCCUGAAGGCAAAGUCAGAGCAGCGCGCCUUGAAGCAACCGGCGCAACAGCAGCAGCAGCAGCAUCUCCUGACGGAUUGCGGUGGAAAGGACCGUGCUGGGUGGACGGCAAACUCUCUGGUGAAUCGCGCUGAUACUCAUCUUGGCAGCGUCUACACUGAAGCAGCCAACAGCCAGGCAGUGAUGGCCAUCAAGGCGGCAGCGUUGGAGGGUGUGUUGAAUGACGGGAGCAACACUGCUCCGAAGAUCACCUACGUGGUGAAGGGGUACAUCACUCGCUCUGUGACAAGCAUCUCAAACUGGAGUCACGCGGCCAAUGAGGUUUACGUGGCCUGUGUGGACAGCACCGUGAGGGUGGUGGAUCGCACUUCGGUGGAGGCCCGAGAUGGGCCAACGCGCACGCCAUCGCUGGUGUACCAGGCAGACCCGAUCGAGGGCGACGAGGCGGUUGACGACACGACAGCGGUGGUGGCGAUCAUUCAGGUCCAUCGGGGCGAUAUCCUCUCCUUCUACGUCCCUUCGGGCACACUCAGCACUGAUGCCAGCCCAACUUUUGGUGUCACUGCGGCACAGGCUGUCAACGGGGAUGAUAAUAUCUUCUACGGUACGCCGCACCUUGAGACACUGAAGUUCUCGAUCAACAUGUCGUCGUCUUUGUCGUUUGAGGCACCGUCGCGCCAUGACUCAGCGAGUUUCGCCGUAGAUGCGGUGAGGGGGAGCUCUGAUGAGGUCAACGCAUCUACGGCGGCCAACUCCUUGACAGGAGCGACCGGCGUUGACGGCAAUGCCACCCCCUUUGAGGCGAAGAAGGGCAGCUGGCGCGUCGACGACAACAUCUUCAUCGAGAACGUCCUUCUUUCUCUUGUACGUGACGAGUGCAAGCUGGCGCGCGAGGCGACGAGGCAGGACCCCGGUUGGGUCUACGACCCUCUCCACAAGUGUCUUGUCCACGACGGCUCCUUCUACGUGUGGCACUUCCGUCGCGGGCAUGAGGACUUCUACUACGGCACCGUGCCCAAGUUCGCUAACCCGAACCGGCAACUGAGCCGCAAAAGCGGUGGUGGCAGUGGUGGUAACGUGGAGCAGGGUAAGACUAACCGCGGUGGCGUCGGCAGUGCCGGAGCUUCGAAGGAUUCAAGCAGUGGUAGCCGCAACGCCACCGCGCGCGGGAGGAACGAUAACGCCUCGCCACUGCCGUCUGCUAUGAACUCAAGCACGGCACAGGUCGAUGCGCUGCCGCCGAGUGUGCCUCCGCUACCGAGUCAGAACCGCCUCUUCUCCCAGCCACUAUCGCCGCCCCCUCAUCUGCAGCACACUGCGCUUCUACCCCCCACCCUUGCGACCGCGAGUCCACUCGUUCAGCAGGCAUACUUUGCCUCUAUCGCCGCUAGCGCCUCGCUGCCACCGCCUCCUGCAUACGAUGCAAGUACACUAUCUGCAGUUCAAGCUGCCCCAAUGCUGUUUACAGCCAACACUGGCCAGCGCCGCCCCAAGAAUCCUACGUAUGCCACGUACUCCGCGGAGGCAGCGGCGAUGGCCCCCGCAGGCGUACCCAUGAUGUACACCUUCAUGCAUCCCACCCAGGCUCAAAGUCAGCUAGCGCCGGCUCAGCAACAGCACCCACCGCUGCAGGAUCUGUACACCUUGCCCCCUCAGGGAAUGCACAGCCACGGGAUGUCCCCUCCGCCGCCGUCUCCUCAGCAGCAGCAAGCUGUGUGGGGCAUGCUGGGUGCUGACAACGGCCAAGCCACCGCAGGAUCAUCCCACUCAAUCAGGCCGUGCAUUGUGAAUGCACAGGGCCAAUUCAUCCCACUGGAGAACGUAAUGGGCGGCGGGAUCGCACCAGCGCAGCGGCUGUCCUAUACACAGCCGGCCGCUACUGCCACACCACCGUUGUACCCGAGUUACGUGAUGGUGAAUGGACAGCUCUGCAUUUUGCAAUCCUCCGCACCCAGUGCCGCCGCCGCUGCACCCCUACCGCCGCAACCCAAUGAACAGUACCUGCACAUGAUGGCCUUCCGCCAGUGA